UCGCACAGCCCGCUUUUUACGCACUGCGUGCUGCUUGCAGGCGCGCAUUAAAGAGACAACGGGGAAAUGUGCGUGUAGUCUGCAUUGUUUACCUUGAAAUUUAGCGCACAAUGGAAAGCGAUAUUUUAGACAUAUUAGAACAGCUCGGGUACACGGGACCUCUAUUAGAUGAGCAAGCACUUGGCACGGCGGCUGAAGAAGGCUUUUCCUCCGAGGAGUAUGUGAACCUGUGCGUGUGGCUGACAUCGGAGCUGAAAGUGAUGUGCAAGUUGGAGGAGAGCAUCACUGCAGCGCCUGGUGACUUGGAGAGUUUACAACUGGAAUUCAGUGGCCUCCUUAAGGAAAUGGCAUGUCCAUAUCAAGCUCUCCUGUCUGGAGAUAUUAAAAACAGACUCGCAACUAAGGAGGAUUGCCUUAAAUUGAUCUUGUAUUUAAGUUCAGAGCUUCAGGCCGUUAGAAUUUUACAGACUAGACCUCAACUCAACUGUUCAGCUGAAGAGAAAAAUGAAGCCUUUGCAGAUUUAAAAAACAUCUGCAAAGCUCUUGUGCUGCCGGAACCUAAUAAUUUAAAAACAGCAGACUUAUUUUGCAACAUUGAUGCCAAGAUAAGAGAACUUCUUGCAAAAGCUCCCAAGAAUCAUAUAGGAGCACCACUGCUGAAGGCAGUGAUAAGUCCUGAUCAAUGGGUAAAACUGACAGAAGUAAAUAAAGUACUCUGCAAAGAAUAUGAGUGUCGUAGAAGAAUGUUGAUCAAACGAUUGGAUGUUACAGUGCAGUCAUUCAGCUGGUCGGAGAGGGCGCAGAAACAGACAGACAGCAUGGCAAAGGCUUACCAGCCAAAAAGACAUGCAUUAUCUGCAAAGUCAGUUAUUGGAUUGCCAUUUCUGCUUGCGGCACGGGAAGACCUUUCCAAAAUUAUAAAGACAAGCAGUGGAUUGUCUCGGCAAAAAACGGCAUGUGCCAUUAACAAGGUACUAAUGGGUAGAGUUCCAGACCGAGGUGGCCGACCAUCAGAGAUUGAAGCACCUCCUCCUGAAAUGCCACCAUGGCAAAAACGGAAGGAUGAUGGAGGACGAGGCGGAUGGGGUGGAAGGGGAGGAGGAAGAGGAGGAGGAGGAGGAGGUGGUGGUGGUGGUGGAGGAAGAGGUGGAGGAGGUUGGGGUGGAGGAGGAAGUGGAGGAGGUUGGGGUGGAGGAGGCGGUUGGGGUGGUGGGGGAGGAGGAGGAGGUUGGGGUGCUGGCGGAGGUGGAGGAGGUGGUUGGGGAGGAGGUGGGAGUGGUGGAAAUAAAGGAGGCGGUGGCUGGGGUGGAGGGGGAUUUCGAGGUGGUGGAAGGGGUGGAUAUAACUCUUACAGAUGAAAGGCUUUUGAUAUGUUGUUUUUGUGCACAUUGUAAAAAUACACACUGACACACCCCCCUCCUUUGAGUAUAAAACAAGGUGACCAUUGCAUACAAAUCCCUUUCAGGUGAUAGUCAAAAAUGUGUUUGGUCAAAUCUGUAGUCUUAGCAGGAAUACUCUCCUCCUAAAACAGUUUCCGAAUGACUGUUUUUGUUUCUCACUUUUGUAAUUGAAGAACAAAAUAGUAAAUGAAUCUCUCAGUUUAGUCCUGAUCAUGUGUAGUAUUUAAGUAAUAAUGAAUUUAGUGAGGGCUGUACAGAUAAAGUGAAUCUGCCCAUUUUGCCUAUAUGUUAGUUUAGAGCUCCCAAUUAAAUGCUAGUGCAGAUACGAUUGAUUUUACAGAAGUCUUUACAGACCUAUUUGUGUUAAUUCAGAUUUCUUCUUUUAAAAUCAAAAUAUCAGUUACAAGAAGAGCAUUGACAAUAUUUUUAUACUUAUCAGUGUUAUCAAAGACUGAGGACUUCAGGGUUUUCUGAUUAGUUUUUUUUUUUUUAUUAUUAUUAUUAUUUCAAUUUGGAAUAUGAUAUUAAAAACAUCGGCUCUGGCAUAUUCUUUUUUUUUUUUUUUAGUCACUGAAUCCCAAUAAAGUGAUGUUUUGAAACAGGCAUCUUUUUCAUUGUUCUUGUUUAUCAUGUAUUUCUGUGUUGAUGAGACUCCAUUUAAACGAAAAAGUAAAUUAAAUUCUUUUUAAAGAAAUAUUUUUUGCAGUGUUUACCAGUAAAGUGUCAAGAAGAUUCUUA